AUGGUAGUCGAAUUUCCAAUUUAUAGUGAUAAGUAAGUAUUCAAAUAGAGCACAUAAUUGAAUUUAAACGUUUCAAAUUAAUUGGUAUUCUUGUUUUUUCAUUAGUCAAAUAUUAUUUCAAGGUCAUUUGAACUAAAGGAUCAACUCAUUUCAGGAGAUCAUGGUAAAUUUUGCACAUCAUGUAGACCAAGGAGAUUGCAUAUUUUGGCUCUUUAUUUAAUAAAUUCAUCAUUCUAAAGAAAGAUUUUAGUUAAGAUAGAUAAAAUAUUCAUACUAGUGAAAGUCGAAAAGUAUUCUGUAAAUAAUCCAAUGUGA